AUGACGAAGAAAGACAAGAAGUCCUUAAACGAGAGCCUGGCCUAGUGGAAGCUCUUCGUCUACAACCCGACCACUGGAGAGUUCCUGGGACGCACCGCCAAGAGCUGGGGUUUGAUCUUGCUCUUCUAUCUAGUCUUCUAUGGGUUCCUGGCUGCACUCUUCACAUUCACAAUGUGGGUCAUGCUUCAGACUUUGAAUGAUGAGGUUCCAAAAUAUCGUGACCAGAUUCCUAGUCCAGGACUUAUGGUUUUUCCAAAACCAUUUAUUGUGUUGGAAUAUACAAUCAGUUUGUCUGAUUCAGGUUCCUAUAAAGCAUACGUUGAAAACCUAACUAAUUUUCUAAAGCCAUAUGAUUUAGAAGAACAGAAGAAUCUCACAGUCUGUCCUGAUGGAGCACUUUUUGAACAGAAGGGCCCAGAUUAUCAUGCAUGUCAGUUUCCUGUUCACUUACUUGAAGAAUGCAGUGGUAUGAGAGACCCUGAUUUUGGCUAUUCCAAAGGAAAACCUUGUGUUCUUGUGAAAAUGAACAGAAUAAUUGGAUUAAAGCCUGAAGGAGAACCAAGGAUAAUGUGUGUUCCUAAGGACGGAAACACUGCAGUUUUAUCAACUUAUCCUCACAAUGGAAUUGUAGAUUUAAAAUAUUUUCCAUAUUAUGGAAAAAAAUUGCAUGUGGGAUAUUUACAGCCAAUAGUUGCUGUCCAGCCAGUCUUUAGCUCUAACAGUACCAAGAAAGAGACGACAGUUGAGUGCAAGAUUGAUGGGUCACCCAACCUAAAAAGCCAGGAUGAUCAUGACAAGUUUCUGGGACGAGUUGUGUUCAAAAUCACAGUGAAUGCAUAGUUUUAGUAGGAUAUUUCCACAGAGUAAAUUUCGUGUUGUCUUGUCUUCAUUUUGUAACAGUUGGACCUGCCGUUCUAGAAUUAUGACACCACCUUGGAGAAAGGUGGGGUGGUACAUGACACUGGGGUAACAUCAUAACGUGCUUCCAGAUCAUAAUGUUCAGUGUCCUCCGAAGUAACUGCCUGUUGCCUCUG